UAGAUGCCAUUUGGUAAACGCGUCCAUUUUGGAAUCGCAAAGCUGUGAAUUUCACGAGUGAUCACAAGUUCAACUUGCAAAAUGUCAAAAUUUCUGUCUCAGAGAUGUAAGAAGCAAAAAUUCUAUGGAAAUCGGUUUAAAAAUAACCAAAGAGUUAACGUCGAAGAGCUAGAAGUCAUGGAAAGUACUUCAAGUGGAUCAGUAGAUGGUUUGUCGCACGAUGAAAAGAAAGCAAAGGAAUCUUCGGCUUCGUACUGAAAGCUUCAAUCAACUGCCCAAGAAGAGAAGCCUAAACCAAAGCUCGACGAAAGUCCAACAAAGAGAACCAGUCCAACUAUUACAGGGUUUAGGUUCUGUGAUAUGGAGGUGCUAUCGUCUGUUUUUUCUCAGCUAUGAUGUGGCAAAUGUGGCGAUUUCAGUCUUCUGUUUACAGAAGAUAAUUUGAAGCGGAAGGGACGUGCCUCGACUUUGCAUUUGCUCUGCGAGCAGUGUGGGUGGAAACACUCUUUUUGCACAUCAAAGAAGCAAGGAAAGAGCUUUGAAAUAAACCGGUGCCUUGUUUAUGGCAUGAGAACUCUUGGAAAGGGAUAUGCUGGUGCAAGGAAAUUCUGCACAGUUAUGAAUAUACCUCCACCUCCUACAGAGAAAGCGUUCCUCUCCAACUCAUGUGUAAUCGGCUGUCACAUCAAAGUUAUCGUAAAGGAAACUAUGAAGAAAGCAGGAGAAGAAGUUUUUUCUCUUAAGAAGCAAAACAACUCGUCUGGAGCUGAGCCUGUCAACUGUGGUGUUUCAUGUGAUGGCACAUGGCAAAAGAGAGGCUACUCGUCAUGCAGUGGUGUCAUGGUGACAUCCAUGGACACAGGAAAGGUCCUUGAUGUGGAAGCCCUUAGCCAAGGAUGUAAACAGUGUGAGUGCCAUGAACACCUGGAUAAAACCUCUCUGGAAUAUCAGACAUGGAAAGCUGACCACACUAAAUGCAAGGCAAAUUUCUAGGGAUCUGCACCUGCUA